GGAGCCUCGCCGCGGGCAGGCAGCGUCCGGAGGGCGCCAUGAAGCCUGACGGGAAGGUGGUGCUGCUCGGGGACAUGAACGUGGGCAAGACGUCGCUACUGCACCGCUACAUGGAGCGGCGCUUCCUGGACACGGUCAGCACCGUCGGCGGCGCCUUCUACCUCAAGCAGCGGGGCCCCCACAAGCUCUCCGUGUGGGACACGGCAGGUCGUGAACAAUUUCAUGGCCUUGGGUCUAUGUACUGUCGAGGAGCAGCAGCUGUGAUCCUUACCUACGAUGUAACCAACUUUCAGAGCAUGGUGGAACUUGAGGAUAGGUUCCUGGCAUUAACAGACACUUCCAGUACAGACUGCAUUUUUGCUAUUGUUGGGAACAAAGUUGACCUCACAGAUGCUUAUGCUUUUCUACCAGAAACAGAAGAUAAACAUCAAUCUGAGAAGCCCAACAAUAGUUCCAUAUCUACCAAGCGUGAAAAUACGUGAAGAGCGUGAUAUAUCUAUUCGCCCAGUUAAGAAGAGAAGAAUAUCUACUCGGAUUGAUGACAUGUUUGAGUCCCAGCAUCACUUUGAUACAAAAGAGGAGCAGGAGAGAAUAACUUCCUUUUACCCACUCCUAGACUCAAUGAUUACUUGCAUUGACCAGCGAUUUGAACAGGAGACUUGUGAAAUUGUGACUGCAGUGGGAAAGCUGUUGAGCUUAGACAUUGGCAGGGAUGAUAUUAGAAUCAUUUCCAAAAAAUUUAAAGUAUCCUUGGAUGAGUUGGAAGCUGAAGUCAGACUGCUUCGGGGUUAUGAAGGAUCUGUUCCUAAAGGUAGCACUACAAACACCACCAGAGAAUGGCUUGAUUGGCUAAAGGAAUCGGAUCGGUCUUCCAUGUCCCAGGCCUUUUACAAAUGUAUUCAAUGUUUUGUAAUCUUGCCUGUUACAAGCUGUUCAUGUGAAAGAGCGUUUUCGAAACUAACACAUGUAAAAACCAAACUAAGAACUACAAUGUCCCAACAGCGACUCGACUCACUCAUGAUUUUGUACAUUGAACAAGAAUUGGUUUUGUCAGUUAAUUAUAAUGAUGUUAUUGAGGAAUUUAAGUCCAUAACACCUGGUGAGCGACGCCUCCUUCUUUAGGACAGGAAGAUCAAGAAACUUGAAUCUGUUUUAGUAAGUUUGGAUUAGGUCAUUAUCUGAUUAAAUUUAAAGAUGAUGAAAAUUAACUGUAUCUUUAUAUAUGCCUGGUUAUUACUACAGCAAAAAAAAGUAUUCAGA